GCGAGUGGCGGGACCUGCUGAAUGAGACGGAGAAGACAGAGAACCAUAUCUAGAGGAAAAGUAUGUGCUUAGUUGAUGUGUAACGCAGCAUAUGUAAUUUCCUGAGAGUGUGGGUGGAGGACCAGGCCAAGGAUGAAUCAAAAGGUCAGAGAGAUAGGAGACUUUAUGGGAGCUUCGCUCUGCAGUGUCAGUAAACGCACGCUGUUGCAUAAGUUUACAUUAUCGAGAGUGCGCAGAACUUGUGAUGCUUUCUGUGGACUUUGUGUAUUUUUAUGCACAUAUCAGGUGGUCGGACGCUGCUUUUCAGGAGAAAAUAUGCUUGUGAAACUGAGCGUGGUUUCUAAUUCUAAAGAAAGAGGAAGUAAUUCAUCUAAGCUAUUGCGUAUGUGAACCAAAUCAUCAGUAUGGGGGCUUUUUUUAUAUCCCCUCGUGGCUGCUUGAACUUCAAUGCUCCGAGACUCUCUGACACUUUAUAAAAACUUGUUAAAAACCCGAGCAGCUCCGUUGUGGAGCAUUACAAACCUCCGUGUUUGCUGAUUGUAAAAAGCGGGAUGUCCCCUCUUACUGUAAGAACUUGCCGCUCUCCCCUCAGGGAAAACUGAGACUUCCAGAUAUUGGUGUGAGCAGCUGGUCUCAAACUAAUAAUACGUCCUUCUGACAGAUGGGGUUGGAUGGCUGUCAUCUGAGCCCUGCUGAUCAUGCAGGCUGGCAUGUCUGCAGCCUGCAUGAAGAUGCACUCACUGGUGGCAUUUCUACGUCAUUCCCACUGCCUCGGACCUCUCCGUUUUCACGCACCUCUUCAACGGCCCUGCCUGAACAUGAACUCGCAGCACUAUUUGACCUGCACUGAAAAUACUUCGGUGCCCUUUAUGCUUUGUUCAUUUAAACCCAUCAAAAAUUACAAAUUAAUGCAGCGAUAACUGGUGUUUCUAUGAGCAUUUUCUCAAUUAUUUUGUAAUUAAACCAAUAAACAGAACCAGCAUCAAAGGUUUAACUGCUAUCUGUGGCUCAUCAGGGUCACCGUGGCAACUGCACACCCAUUGGUUCCACUCCGUAACAGCAAACCUUAAUGAGAAGCAGAUGAAAUGGGUCUGAUGAAAGCAGUGUGUUAAAGCGAUACAACAGUUUUUGGGAAUAUUUCGGGUGUGCACUCCCUGAGAGGCAAGUAUGAUAAAAGAAAACUGAAAUAUUUAGGUUUUGAUCUGUAAUUUUUACAUCUACUAAAAGUGUUACGAGAGUAAAAAGAUUGCAAGAAUGUUCAGUGACGUACUUUAAAGUCACUAAAUAUAGAUCGUGACGUACGUCGCAGUGUAUUCUGGGAGGCUGCCUUAGGCAAACAGGCAUGCAUUUUGUAGAGCGGGUUUUCCAGUAAUCGGAAGGUUGCAGGUUGGAUCCCGGUCGGAGGGACCAGUGUGUGGCAGGUCUCGCCUCUGUCAAUGCACCCCAGCACAGCUGAGGCUACACCGUAGCUCAUCCUCACCAGCGUGUGAACUGGCGAAUGACUGGUUUUGUUGUGAAGAGCCUUGGGGGGUUAUAGAACCCCAAGAAGGCGCCAUACAAAUACAGGCCAUUUAUACAAAUAUUUAUCUAAGAUUAAAAAAAAUUACUUGGAAAAAUGUUACUUGAGCACUUUUGGUAAUGAGGAUAAAACAUUUUAUUUUGUUUUUACUGACGUUCAAGAUGUCUGUGUGUGUUUUUCAGUUGGCGAAUGAGGUUUGUUUGUCUAGCAGUAGCACCCAGAAACACCUGCACGGCGAGGUCAACUAUAAAGGCCAACGCAAUUAAGGGGUGUGACAUCACCUGUCGUAGGUCAUAGGUGAUGUCACACCCCGAAUACCACCGCGAAACAGACCACAAUCAAGACACAUCAAACAGUAAUUAGGGCGUCUUUAAUGAGCAAAAGGAUUUGUAAGCACUUAAUGUAUCCAGGUUAUUUAAAAAAGACAGGGAUUAGGUGAGUCUAAAGCUACUAAAGAAGAUCAUUUAAAAUUUUAAUCUGGAUUCCGAAACAGCAACUAUCCUCUUUGUCUCAGGACCUCAUGCUGAAUGCAAGCUGCUAAAGUAGCUUUCAAAUUGUGAGUCUUAAAAAUAAUUAAGACCUCUGCAGUUGUGAGGAAGCAUGCAGAGAAUUUUCAAAUAAAAGUCACUCAAAAUAUUCAUUUGCAUUCAACGCUCAGUUUAAAAGGUGCAUGGGACCUGUCCUCUUAUUCCCUCAUUCAGUAGGAAAGGCUGAGAUGCAUAAUGUCCAGCUCAACUCAAACACUUCAGAAGGUAGUGCAGGAAUUUGCCUGGGGCAUUUCAAACGCAAGUAUGAACAGCCCUUUUCUGCAAUUUUCAUUCCUCUCAGCACGGUGACCUGCAGAUGCUGGGAAGAAUGACAUUUCUUGUGCAUUUCACAACCCAGAAGUUGCAAGGAGCUCACAUUUGAAUGUGCAUGUAAACAAAUUAUGUUAAUGGGAAUAACAAAGUCUAUUUUCUUAUUACAGUCUACCUGAUAAUUAAAAGUCACGCCCCUACGUCUAGUUUGAAUCCUGCUUUCGCUUUAGCAGAUUGUGGAAUGCAAUACAUGACGAUUUACUACUUAAUUCCAAAAGAAAACAAAAAGUAAGUUAAGCAGGAGAAGGGGGAAGGAGCAAGCCACUCAGACAAUAACAUGCGCGGGAAAGGGAGGGCGGAGGGGCAAAAGAAGUCUUUUUAUCUCUGGUUUCCCACAUCCUGUGAACUGCUGCAAACGCGGCCACCCAAUUUGAAAGAAUGCGUGGAAUGCGCAUUUUCUCCCCCUGCGCCGCUUUGAUGCGCACCCAGUCUAAAGGCGUCUUCAAUAGAGCGCAAUCCCGGGCUCUGCAGAGCACUGCUGCCAGUAAGCUGCAGUGUUUAACGCGAAAAUAAUCAGGUAAACGGCGGGCUGCAAGAACAGACGGAGCCGAACAUGAUGAAGUGCUCUCAGAGUUGCACGUGUCACUUGAUGCGGGAAAACAAAUCCUGGUUUCCGAGUCAAAUUGUGACUUUGAAAGCAGCAGGAAGCUCCCCGUAGUCAAAUAUGAGACACGUAUGAGUAAACGCAUGCAUGCAAUUCUGACUUUAAAGAUGAAUAAUUAUAUUAAUACGCAUCAGUGUGUGAUAUGAUCGCUGUGCCGCUGACAUUUGUUUCUUUGGGUGAUUUAAAACUGCAAACACUUAUUAAAAUUAAUAUUAAUGUAGUUACAAUAAAAUUAAUAAAGUUGCUGAAAUAAAUAAAUAGAACUGUGCAAGGCUGAUGUUUUGUAUUGUCCUCCUAGCGUCUUCUCCUUUCCAACAGUGGCGCUUGGCUUUGAAUUUGCAUUUCCCUCCAACAUGAAUCCAGAAUUAUGCUUUAUUCCAACCCUUUUUGGCGCGUUUCGAUUCCCGCCACGUCUGUCUGGGCCGGCCGGUUGAAACCUUGUGUCUGGGUUCGUUCGCUGAUUGACGUGAGAUUCGAACGGUUCCGAAAGCGAACCUGUAUUCCUAUUGGUUUAGAGAGCGGAAAGAGGCGGGCGCGCGGCAUAAACGUCAUCGCGUAGGCCACGCCCUCUUACUACUGCCUUAUAGCCGUCCUCCCCCUGCUUUUUGUUUCCAGGAGCCGGUGUCUGGCUGAGGCGGUCGUCUGUUGUGUCCUUGCGGGUUUAUUCUCCUCCUCUGUUUACAAACACCACCGGGAACGACCCGUUCGUUGCUGUGAGAGAACUCGCGUCCAGCCACCGAGUCGACAUUUUUAUUAUUUAUUUUUAUUUAUCUGGACCACGCGGCGGAUUUGCCCUCUUUCCCCCCCUGGAUGAAAGGAUUUGCCGCAUUUUGUUCUACUCGCAACGUGGACUGAAAGCUUCCCAACAGCGCGGGAGAGUCGAGCUGCCCGGACUAGAACACCGAGGAGGAGCCGUUUGAACCAACCCGCCGUGGUGGAUUCGGUUACCGGAAUGCUGCUGUCUAAGCUGGCCCACAUCUCUAACGUAGACAUGCCGGUGAAGCUCCAGGUUCAACAAGUGAAGGAGAAGGAGCCUUUCGAGAAGCUUUAUCAGGUCGGUGCCGUGAUGGGCAGCGGCGGCUUCGGCACCGUGUACUCCGGUACGAGGGUUUCCGACGGGACUCCGGUUGCUGUCAAACACGUCGCCAAGGACAGGGUCACCGAGUGGGGAGAUCUGCCCAACGGCUCCCGGGUUCCCAUGGAGAUCGUGCUGCUGAAGAAGGUGGGCACGGGCUUCCGCGGCGUCAUCAAGAUGCUGGACUGGUUCGAGCGACCGGACAGCUUCAUCAUCGUCAUGGAGAGGCCCGAGAACGUCAAGGACCUGUUCGACUUCAUCACCGAGAAGGGCGCGCUGCCGGAGGAGCUGGCGCGCAGCUUUUUCCGCCAGGUGCUGGAGGCUGUGCGGCACUGCCACAACUGCGGGGUGGUGCACCGCGACAUCAAGGACGAGAACAUCCUCAUCGACCUCCGCACCGGCGAGAUGAAGCUCAUCGACUUCGGCUCGGGAGCGCUGCUGAAAGACACCGUUUACACGGACUUUGACGGUACCAGAGUGUACAGCCCCCCAGAGUGGAUCAGAUAUCAUCGGUACCACGGGCGAUCUGCUACCAUCUGGUCCCUGGGUGUCCUGCUGUACGACAUGGUGUGCGGGGACAUCCCGUUCGAGCACGACGAGGAGAUCACGAAGGCACACAUUCUUUUCCGAAGGAGGGUCUCUCCUGAAUGCCAGCAGCUGAUUAAGUGGUGCCUGUCUCUGCGGCCCGCUGACCGCCCGUCCCUGGAGGACAUCGUUAACCACUCGUGGAUGCAGAACACCUCCCCCUCCUCCGUAAUGCCGUCCACGGCGCAGACGGAGAAGACGACCACCGAGAUCAGGCUGCACAGCAUCGGCCACGAGCCCACCGCCUUCACGCCCACCCCCGUGGCAGUGGCCCGGUGAUGACGGCAAACCACAGAGGCUAUUCCAAAAGACUUGAUGUAAUGAGCUCAAAAUGGGGCGAGAGAGAGGGGCGUUCCCACGCCCGAGCCAGAGAAAGUGUAAGGAACUACACGUGCUGGAGGCCGUCGCCGACCGUCACUUUGUGGUUCCAGUCUGGCAGACCGAACCCGCUCCUGCUGAGUCGCAUCGAUGCCGUGGCACGGUCCUGGCUGGACUCUGGUCCAGGCAGCGGGUGUCCGGGAGCCCGCAGGGCGCAAGUCGAGGCUGUUCUGUGCAACAGCGGGCGGACAGUCCGAGUUAUGUAAUCUCUCAACACCCUGUUCACUUCCCAGCUCCGUUUUUGUCACAGCGGAGCGGGAAGAGCGGAGGCGUUGGACGAGAUGCUGGAGUUAAAUAAGUGCCUUCUGUGAAAUUAUCUAGGGAGACCUGAGAAUACUUGAAUCUGUUCUGUACUUUUGUGCGAGGCUCUUUGUUGUUUCUGCUCUCCUGGGCAUAGAUCAGUAAAGCCCACGCCUUUUACAGCCACCACCAUCACCACUACUCCAAUGUCAUUAGCAACCAGACGACCUCAUGGCUCCGGCAGCAAACCAGUCAUUACCUAGAGAAACACUGGACUUACCUCGGUCUAUUCACGUCUGCACCCACCUCUGCUCCACAACUCUGCUUCCUCCUGAUUCCUCAGAUCCACCUGAACGCACACAACAAUGCAAACGCAUACCAGACCCCCCCCCCCCCCCUCCGCUCUUCACCUCCAAGCCGUGCCUCACACAGGUCUUAAAAUACAGUGAGGGCAAGAAUUGUACAUAGAGAGGUAUUUAUUAUUGCCGUGACUCCUCUCUCACAUGCAACAAGCUGUUUUCUCUGCUUUUUUUCAGUUUUUACAGAAUAUUUAUUUAUUUAAGAGAGAAUUCUGGCUGUUUAUGAAUGUAUGUGUCUCAUUCCAGUCACUGAAGGGCCCACGCGUUAUUUAAAAACACAGCAGAGGUGGAUUUUUUCUUUUUUGACCAUAUUUAUGGCUUGAAACUUUCAGAGCAGACGUGCAUGUACGUAUGUUUGAGGGUGAUGUGUAAAUAAAGUGUAAAUAGUCCCAAAAGCACUUCCAUCUUAAUGUGUGUUAACAUCCAACGUCUACUGAUGGUGUGUGAGUGAACUCUUGUGUGUGUGUGUGAGACUGAGAAAACCUGCUGCAUGAUCGCAGCUUGGAUUGUUUUUGUUUUCAUCCACUCGCAUUAGAAUUGUACAUUAUGUUAGAAACUAUUUUUAUAUGAUUUGAAUAAAUAUUUUUUUUAACUAUGA